AUGGUGGUUCAACAACACUCUAGCGUGGCUGACACAGCUGAAGUGGUUAAGGGAUACUAUACUCACUUGUCACCUGUUUGGCUCACAACAUCAUCUCCAAGCAGGCAAAGCAAAAACAGGAUAGCAGAAAAUUUGGCAUCUGAUGUGUAUCACUGCAUCUAG